CUGCCAGUGAAGUGCCUGGUUCAGGACAUACCUGUGCGUCUACUUACUGCGGAAUAACUGUCUAUCUGCAUGCUGUGGAACAACACAACGCUGUGCGCGCCGAACCGAAGACGAGUGUAAACAGCUGAUCUGGAGAGGAAAUGUCCACUUGGGUUGUUAACCACUAGGACUUGUGACAUGCUUCUUGCGCAUCAGGGUUAACCGCGCUUCAGACUCUGUUGCUGAGGAAGAAGAUGGCGGUAAUGGGAGAUACACCAAUCACAAUGAAAAAUGAAUCUCUGAAUGAAACCAGCUGCACUGAAUUCAAAUACCUAGCAUACACCAUCACCUAUACCAUAAUGGUUCCAGUUGGAUUUUUCACUAAUUUGGUUGCUCUGUUUGUGUUCCUGAGGCAGACGAAGAAGACUGCCAACAUUGUGUUCAUGACCAACCUAGCUAUUUCUGAUGUUUCCUUCACCUUGACAUUGCCUUUUCGCCUGAUUUACUACUUUAGGGAAUGUCACUGGGAUUUUGGAGAUGUGCUAUGUCGCUGGUGUGUAUUCUCUUUUUAUGUUAAUCUCUAUACCAGUGUGCUAUUUCUCACUGGUCUAAGCGUACUGCGCUAUCUGGCGGUCGUUCAUCCCGUUCGAAAUAGGACCCUGGUGACUACACGACGGGCCAGUUUGGCAUGUUUUUGCAUCUGGGUGUUCGUAGCAGUCAUGUCUGUUCCAUUUCUGUUGACAGGGAGUACUCAGAGUAAUACGAAAAUAAGCUGUUUUGAAAUUAAAAACACUACGGACUGGAAACGAGUGGAGAAGCUCAAUUAUGUGGGACUGAUCUUUGGAUUCUUGAUGCCAUUUAUUAUCAUCCUGGGCUGUUAUGGACGUAUCAUCCAAAAACUAUUUGCAAGACAGAGGAUACAAAAGAAAAAUAAUGCCCAGCGCCGGCGCUCUCUGUGCCUAAUCGUUGUGAUUCUCACUACCUUCCUGCUGUGCUUUGCACCAUACCAUAUAGUCCGGACACUUCAUCUGCGUGCCGCUGCAUCAGAGAAUACCGAGCAGGAAACAUACUUGCUCAAGAUUUUGGUCAUUACUUUGUGCAUGGCUGCUGCUAACAGCUGUCUGAACCCCCUCCUAUACUAUUUCGCUGGAGAAAACUUCCGAACCAGCCUUAACAGGGCAUCACGACGGACAAUCAGCUCUUUAAAUGACAGUUUGCGCAUGUCACAAUAUUCAGGGAGCCAAAAAAAAGGAAGCCAGAAGAAGAAGUGUCCAUCUACAGAAAAUGUCCUGGGACCAGAGAAACAGCUGGAAGUAAACUAAAAACGGAAAUAACAAACUAUAUUAUACUUUUAACACACCUCAUCCCCAAGAAAGAAAGCUGUGAUGAUGAUUUUCAGGUUCUCUGUAAAUCAUAAGAUAAGAAAUCUAAACUAAAUAACACUGAAGUGCACUUCACUCUUUUCAUGAGCCUUUUCCUUUUAGAAAAAAUAAAUUGUAUACAAUCAACAAUAAAUGAAGGAAUAUUUAAUGAGGUUGACAAUGCAUUUUUGCUGUUCUUACUCUAUAUCUUCAAAUAUACUUAUUCUUCUAACCACCUUUCAGUCACAUAAUAGAAAAGAUUUUUUAAAACAGUGACAUUAAAUUAAUGAAGAUUGU